AUGAAUUCAGAACGUACUGGGUUGUUGCCAGGUGGCAAUAAGACUGCCAAACGUGGUUUCAGAUAUGUUAUCAUGGGUGUGGUUAUUGUUUUGGCAGGAUUGAUGGUUGUAGCACACAAUUUCACGCUAAGAACUCAUCCAGAUUCGAUUUCAAAGAAGAGAAACGUGAUAUUCUUUGUUUCGGACGGUAUGGGUCCAGCGUCACUCUCAAUGACUCGUUCUUGGCAACAGCAUAGCCAAGGGCUUCCAUUCAGUCAUAUGUUGAACUUGGAUAAGGCAUUUAUCGGGUCUUCAAGAACGAGAUCUUCGAGCUCCCUUAUCACUGACUCAGCUGCUGGUGCAACGGCCUUUUCGUGCGCUUUGAAGUCAUACAACGGGGCCAUUGGUGUCGAUCCAGACAAGAGACCUUGUGGUACGAUACUUGAGGCGGCGAAGCUUCAAGGUUACAUGACUGGUAUGGUUGUGACCACCAAGAUUACGGAUGCAACACCAGCAGCCUUUUCUGCACAUGCGGAUUAUAGAAGUAUGGAAAUGUUGAUUGCGCAACAACAGCUUGGUGAGUAUGAGUUGGGUAGGGUUGUGGACUUGAUCAUUGGUGGUGGUAGGACUUUCUUCUAUCCAAGAGGCGCAACUUCCUCUCCAUAUGGGGUUUCUGGCUCUCGUACCGAUGGUCGUGAUUUGAUUAAAGAGGCUAUUGCCGAUGGCUGGCAAUACGCUGGUGAUCGUAGAUCAUUCGAUGCACUAGAACAAGGAAAGAAUGUGAAAUUGCCAUUAUUGGCCCUUUUGGCGGACUAUGACAUUCCAUUUGAUAUUGAUAGAUUGGAUUCCGAGCAUCCAUCUUUGAAAGAGGAAGCCAUAACUGCUAUUAAUGCCUUGACUAAGGCGACCGAAAAUUCAGACAAGGGUUUCUUCCUACUAAUUGAGGGUUCUCGUAUUGACCAUGCGGGUCAUUUGAACGAUCCAGCUGCUCAGGUUCGCGAAGUUACUGCAUUCGAUGAAACUUUCAAGGCUGUCGUUGAAUACGCUAAUAACUCUGACGUUGAGACUGUGAUACUUUCAACAUCUGAUCACGAAACAGGUGGUUUAGUGACUGCUAGACAGGUUACAGAGAACUACCCAGACUAUAUCUGGUAUCCAGAAAUCUUGAGAAAGGUACAGCAUUCUUGUGAAUAUUUAGCUAAGAAACUGAUCCAACAAAAGCAAUCCGAUUCAAAACAUGCAUUGGCCAAGUUCAUUGAAAAGGAAAUUGUGGAGCAAGGCUUGGGAAUCGAAGACUACACAAAGGAUGAUAUCGAUGAGAUUGCAAGUUUAAUUGAUACUCCAGGUAAGUUGAUGGACAAGUUGAACAACAUGGUGUCGGUUCGUGCCCAAAUCGGAUGGACCACUCAUGGUCACAGUGCUGUUGAUGUCAACAUUUAUGGAUUCUCCAAUAAAAAGGCCUCCAAGUCUGCCAUUCUAGAGAACCUAGGUGGUAAUCAUGAGAACACCGACAUUGGGCACUUCAUGAAGGAGUACCUGGGUCUAGAUUUGCAAAAAGUCACAGAAAUGUUGGAGAACACUACACACACUCAAGACAUUGUAUCAGCAGCUGAACUUGACUUUGAGUAUAAGCCAUCCUUCUUACAAGAAAUGCUAGAUUAA